AUGUUUGAUUUGAAUUCGAAUUGGGGGAAAACAGAGAAGAAGUGGUUGCUCUCUAGUUUUGAUAGUGGAUUUGUCGGAACCAUGGGUAAAACAACGUACAUCCUGUUUGAAGCUGCCUCGGGCUAUUCUCUAUACGAAGUGGUGGAGAAGGAGGAGAUUGCGAGCCUUACCAAACAAGUACAAGAGAGUCUGAGUGAUUUCAGUAAUUUCAGCAAUCUGGUGAAACUGAAGGCGUUCGUUCCUUUCGAGAGUGCAGAAGAUGCGUUAGAAAACUGCAACAAUAUAUCUGAGGGCGUUCUGAGCAACACAUUAAAACUAUUUUUGGAGGUGAACAUUCCUUCUGUGAAGAAGCUGAAGGAUAGCACGAUCACUCUGGGCGUCAUCGACGCGAAGAUCGGCCAAGCCAUCCAAGAAGAGUUGAAGAUCCCCUGCAUGACGAACGAUGUGGUAGCCGAACUCUGCCGCGGAAUCCGCCAGCACUACAGCAAGUUCGUGACGUCUCUGUCGAACGGCGCGGCGGAGAAAGCGAUGCUGGGUCUCGGGCACUCGUACUCGCGCGCCCACGUGAAAUUCAACGUGAACCGCGAAGACAACAUGAUCAUCCAAGCGAUCUGCCUCUUAGACCAGAUCGACAAGGAUCUGAACACCUUCGCGAUGCGCGUGAAGGAGUGGUACGGCUGGCACUUCCCCGAGCUGAAGGAGCUCGUCAAGGACAACGCGCUCUACGCGCGCGUGGUGCGCACCGUGCAGUCGCGCGCCUUCUUCCACGACGACGACUGCGUCGCCAAGCUCGUCCCCGUGGUGCUCGACGAGGCGCUCGCGCGCGAGAUCCGCGACGCGGGCCGCGCGUCGAUGGGGCAGGAGCUCUCCGCGACGGACCUGCAGAGCGUGAACCUCUUCGCGGCCAAAGUGGUGGAGCUCGCCGAGUACCGCGAGGAUCUCUUCGCGUACCUGCAGGAGCGCAUGCACUCGGUGGCGCCGAAUCUCUCCGCGCUGAUCGGAGAGGUCGUGGGCGCGCGGCUGAUCGCGCACUCCGGGUCGCUGGUCUCCCUCGCGAAGUGCCCAGCGUCCACCAUCCAGAUCCUCGGAGCCGAGAAGGCGCUCUUCCGCGCGCUGAAGACGCGCAGCAACACGCCGAAGUACGGCAUCAUCUUCCACAGCAGCUUCAUCGGGCGCGCGGGGGCGAAGAACAAGGGAAGAAUCUCGCGGUAUCUGGCGAACAAGUGCUCCAUCGCGUCCAGACUGGACUCGUUCGCGGAGGAACCCACCGAGCUGUAUGGAAUGAAGAUGAAGGAGCAGGUCGAGCAGAGAUUGAACUUCUAUGAGACCGGAGUGCCGCCGCAGAAGAACAUUGAUGCGAUGAUGGAGGUGGCGGAGGAAUUGAAGGGGCAGAAGAAGGAGGUGGAAGUGGAAGAGAAGAAGGAAGUGGAGGAGAAGAAAGUGGAGGAAGAAAAGAAGGAGGAGAAGAAGGAGGAGAAGAAAGAAAAGAAAGAAAAGAAGGAGAAGAAGAAGGAGAAAAAGGAAAAGAAAGAGAAGAAGGAUAAGAAGAAGAAGAAGAACUGA